AUGCUAAGGCCGGCACCAGGCGGCGCGAUACCUGGCCGGCCGCACCGCCCACUGGUCGUGCGGUGCGGGUACGAUGGCUCGACGCGGCCCGUAAACUUCCCCUCGGCGGCGAGCUGCCGGCUCGAGUCGCUGCGCACGCGCGUCGAAGAAUGCUUCGCCCUCUCCGCGUGGCCGUUCGUGCUCACGUACACCGACGACGACGGGGAAGAGUACCACGUCCGCACCGAGGCCGACCUCACCGACGCCAUCUCGUACUUUGCCUCUGGGGACGAUGAGGGCGCCCACUCGAGCGGCGCGGCCGGCCGGCCGCCAGCCCCGCCCAAGAUCUCGAUGCGCGUCGACGUCGUAGUAGAGUACGACGGGCCGAGCCUGAGCGACACGAGCUCGAUCGCAAGCUUCCGGACGUCGGAACACUCCUGGCACUCGAGCGAGCGGAGCGCCGCGCGCAGCGACGGACGCAGCUCGUUCGAGUACCGCAGCUCCCGGGGGAGCAGGUACAGCUCCGUGCCGCCCAUCACGACCGACCUCGCGGACCCGCUGGGUGCGAUGCGCCUCUCAAGCCCGGGGAGCACGCUCUCGGGCGGCCCGAGUUCAGGCCGCAGCACCGUGCUGCAAGGCCGCCCGCGGGCAUCGCUCCCCCCGCCAGAGCUCGACGCGGCGAGCGCGUCAGCGUACUCGCGCCACCGGGGAGCGCGGACCGAGAACGCAUACUACGACGACACGGCGCCAGCGCUCAUGGGCCACUCGGAGCUCGGGUCACGCUGGCUCCGCGAGCAGAGCCAGCUCGCCAACCGCAUGCCACGGCUCCGGCUGGGCGGCCGGAGAUAUGACUCGGAUGACGAGGGGCUGAAUAGCGACGAUGAAAGCCUGGGCGAUAUCGAACUGGUCCAGGACGCGCGCGGACGAUACUACUACUCGUACCAGACCGAGACAGCAUCCCUGUCGUCGCAAUCCGAGGCGGAUUUCGACUCGAUGGAGCACGCCGGGCCCAGUUCAGCGGGGUUCACGUCGCCCAGACUCACCGGCGGCGCGAGACGAACAUCGCCCGAGACCGCAUCCGAGGUGGAGGAAGUCACGCGCGCGCCGAGCAGCGAGCCGACGGGACCGCCAGUCCUCGCGCCCGACUGCUCGGCUUGUGGCGUGCGCCUAGACUACAUGCGCUACGUAUGCGUGCCGUGUGGUGAAGGCGAGUUGUGGACCGUCAACGCGGUGGGCAAGGCGCCGUUCGAGCCGCCCAGGCUCCCAAGUGAGCAGAGCGACGGUGACGCGACUGAGUCGUCCGAGGGCACAGCCUGGGGGCCCCUCGCGUCUUCGACCGGCAGCCAGACGGUGUAUCGCGGCGCCGACGGCCGCUCGCGCUCGGGGUCAAUGUCGACCAACGCCAGCGUGCACUCAUUAGCCGUGGCUAACGGGAGCGCCGUGUCCCCCGGCUCGCCGAGAUCGAUCCAGUUCGACCUCGACGGCAACCCGACCCCCGCGCGGCACAGGGCCACGCCGCGUGGAUACGAGCUCUGCCCCUCCUGUAUAGAGGUGCACGGUAUCGCGCACUCCAAGGCUGCGAACCGCGAGCGCGACGCCAAUGGGCACAGGAAGAAACGGUCAGGUCAGCUGCGGCAUACGUUCCGCGAGAAGAUCUGGGGGGCUGAAGGCUGGAUGGAUAUUGGUGGGUUCGUCGCUCCCGCUGUGCUGACCAGCCCAGAGUAUGCAGAUGACUCGGAUUGUACCAUCUGCAACACGCCCCUGGUGAACAACCGCUAUAAAUGCUACCAAAAGGUAGACGAGAUUCACCCCGUGCACGUCUUCUUAUCACUACCGGACAAACCUUUACCCAGCCUCGAGGUGGCCAGCACCAGCAGCGUUCUGGGCAACGGGCACACCGAGACGCGGCCAAUACGGCAUCCAGGCGCCUUUUGCCACAACUGCUUACAAGACAUUGUCGGCCCGCGAUUCCACUGCGCGGUAUGCCCGUCAUGGGACCUGUGUAUCCAGUGCGAAGGCCUCACGACGUCUGGCGACGGUCAGCACACGGCCGACCACAUCAUGAUGAAGAUCCCCAUUCCCCUCGCAUCGUCCGAGGUCGAGGCUGUGAGUCGGCGGGCACGCGACCGUUGGUUCCAGCAGGACUCGUCGACCGUGGCGCGGCGCACGCCGGGGGGCAGCACGGCGUCGCGCUCGUCAUCCCCGUCAGUCGACACGGAGACGGUGUACGCGCCCACGCGGCGCAGCGCACGCAGCGUCAGCACAGCUGCACGGCUGCCUGUCCUCCCCAACUCGGGGCGCGGCACGCCGUCUGUCACCCGGCAACAGGUCGCCGCACGCCCCCGCGACGACCUGGACCACAAUGCACGCUGCGCAAACUGCAACGAGUGGAUCAUGGGCCGGCGGUACCAGUGUGCCAACUGCCCCUCCGACCCGGAGCCGUACAACCUGUGCUCGAUCUGCGAGCUGCGGUCGUACCGCGUCCACGACCCGCGGCACGUUUUCUUCAAGUUCGACCGCCCCGUCCACAUCCCACUGCAGAGCACGCAGCCCCUCCUGCCCCUGCUGUACAAGAACCGCGCCGGCCAGGUCCCCGCCUCGGCAGUGCUCUCGCCGCACGACCCGACAGCGUACCUCAAGCACGUGCUACACCGCGAGACGGUCUGCGAUAUCCACAUGGACCAGAUCCGCGGCGCGUGGUUCCGCUGCGCCCACUGCGCUGGCGGAUUCGACGUGUGCCAGGAGGCUGAGCGCACCGCGGAUCAUGACCCCACACAUGUCUUUGUCGUCUUCAAGGCCCGCGUCGACAUGGUGGCCUUCCGCGAGCUCGCCAGCCUCGCCGCGUCGUACCCCAAGCCGCUACUCAAACAGCAGGUCUACUUCUCCUGA